GUAGUUAGAUUUCAUGGUGGAGCGCUUCCUGCUUAUGUCAUAUCUAGUAUCCUUCUUGCUUAUGGAGGACAGUUAUACUCUCUUUUCUCAACAGGUCAUUGUUUAGAAUAUGCUGCUAUGUUGGAUAAAGAAGCCAAACCAUACAAAGUUGAUCCUUUUGUAAUUAUGGUUAAGUUUCUGUUGGGAUAUAAAUGGUUUAAAGAAUUAUGGGAUAUGUUACUGUUACCAGAAUUAGACGCCAUCAUUUUAACUAGUCAGAGUAUGUGUUUCCCCCUUGUGUCUUUGCUUCUUUUUCUGUUUGGAACAUGUACUGCCUACUGGGGUGGCCUGCUCUCUUCUACAUCUGUGAGACUUCUUUCCUCAUUGUGGCUAGCUUUGAAAAGGCCCUCUGAACUUCCUAAAGAUAUCAAGAUAAUAUCACCAGACUUGCCCAUUUUGACAACUGUUUUGAUCCUCAUUAGCUGGACAACUUGUGGAGCCUUUGCCAUACUUCUUACUUAUCUUUACUAUGUGUUUAAGAUUGUUCAUCUGCAAGCCAGCCUAACAACUUUUAAAAACAGCCAGACUGUGAAUCCCAAACACUCGAGAAGAAGUGAAAAAAAAUCCAAUCACCAUAAAGACUCUGCAGUACACCAUCUCCGUUUAUCUGCCAGUGAUGCUGAAGAUAGUCUUUGCAUGCACAGUACUUUGAUUAACUUAUUAACAUGGAUUGUAUUACUCAGCAUGCCAUCUUUAAUUUAUUGGCUAAAGAAUCUUAGGUAUUACUUUAAACUUAAUCCUGAUCCAUGCAAACCUUUGGCAUUUUUCCUUAUUCCAACCAUGGCAGUUCUUGGAAAUACUUACACUACUUCAAUAAAGUCAAGUAAAUUGUUGAAGACUACUUCACAGUUUCCACUCCCUCUGGCUGUUGGUGUGAUUGCUUUUGGGUCCUCACACUUAUACAGGGUUCCUUGCUUUGUCUUCAUUCCUCUUUUACUCCAUGCGUUAUGCAACUUUAUGUAAGAUUGGAUCUGAGGAAUGAUAAAGAUAAUUUAUGCCUGUAGGGCCAAUAUUAAGUGGGAACAACACAGAUCCAUCAGUGUCAACAGCAAGAGCCUUUGGAGAAAACAAGUCUAUUUUUACAGUGUUGAAGAUAGGAAAUUAGUUUUGUAAUGCUUGAGGAAAGUAGUUGGAGCAUGGUUUUGUUUUGUGGUAUGACAUCUGUGUACUAGUCAUUUUUGAAAAAUUAGUAAAAGGAUAUGGUGGCCACUGUCUUUGAGAACUCCUCUGCAUGGCUAGUCUGCUUGAUUGGCCAUGCCAGGAUCUUCUCCUAAACACUCAGUAAAUGUAGCGUUGUUUUUUGUCUCAUCACCUCAAACAUUCUGCUCAUUUCAUCAAGCUUUUUUCUGAGAAGUGGGUUACUUUGUAUUUGCUACAUUAUAUAUAUUGAAAAAUAAGUCUUAAAAGAUUAAUGAAAUUUAAACUGCUUUAUCAGAAAUAAAAUAGCCACAAUCUUUAGUUUUUGUCAGAGUGAACAAAAUAGAUCUUUUGUUUUCUUACAUCUAUGAAAAUAUGCUUUAAGUUCAAAGGAGACAUGUUUUUUGAUAACCAAGCAAGAUUGGUGAAUGAAAACAUAAUUCAAAUUUAAAACUUAAUUAAAAAAAAAAACUUAAUCUUGCUUUUCAAAUAAGAAUCUUAUUUUGUGUUCUUAGUGAUUAUCAGGAGACUAUUGAAGAGAUGUAUUGCUAAAUUUGAAGCAAAUUCUCAUAGAUAUUUAUUUAUAGGCAUUGGAGCAGUUCAGUCAUUCAGUCUGUACCAUUUUAUUUAACUCAUUAACCCCAUGAUUGCCAAGUGUCUCGGGUCGUGAUGGGUCAUUAAAAUAACUAAAUUCCAGUAGUCAGAAAAAAACUACAUUUCCUCAGUUUUAGUCUCCUAUAGGAAAAAAAAUCAGCAUGAUCAAAUGCAGUACUACAUUUAAUGUGUAGAAUUAAACUAUUAAUGGAAUAGCAGUGGAAAACUGUUACCCAUUAAUAGCAUAAGUAUAAACAAUAUACCUAAAUAAGUUGGAGUAUUUAGUCACUAGGUUUAAUAGUAGAAUCUUAAUUUGCCAAGGUAAUUACUAUUUGACAGAUAAGAGUAACAUUUACAUUUCAUUUCAGAUUUCAGCUCGUUUUUCGAAAGCAGAUAUAACUCAGGCUGGGGUAUACCUGGGUGAGAGAGUCCUUCCUUCCGAUGUGUAUGCUGUAAAUACCCAAAACCUUUCAAGUGUGUUCCAGUAACUUCACAGUUGCACUUGUGAACUUGUGUCCUUGUUAGUGCCAAGGAAUGUCCAAGAGUACCAGGUUCAUUUUACCUGCCGUUGCAACUGAAUUCCAUUACGGCCUCUCAGCUGUUACUGCCUGUUAGAGAGUCACCCCCAUUUUACUGCAUGUAGAGGGUUACCUCAUUUCUUUUCUCAGUUGUUCCUCCGUUACCGUUUUAUCAUCAGUUGAAGAGGAUCUUGCUGUCAUCUCUGAGAGUUAUAAGUUUUUUUAUUCUAUUGUUCUCUUUCUCAGCAUUAUGUUCAGUAUUCAUAUUUUCACUUGCUGAGAUCAUUAAAGGGAAGUGAAAAAAAAAAAAAAAUCAAAGUGAUAACCUCAUAGUAGACAUGGCAGGCAUACCAGGCUCUUGUUUGUUUGCUAAAAGUAGCAAAAGGGAUUAAAAUACAAGAUGCUUGUGUGUUCAAACCUGAAAGGAAAGAGUACACUUUCCCAUGACAUGUCACAUACAUAUUUAAACAAGGAUGCAUAUGCCUAGGUUUAGCUAUACACAUGCUUGUAACAACUUUUGCACAUAAGAUGUCUUUUGUUUUUUCACUCAGGUGUAGUUGUAUUUCAAGUUACCGGUUAAAUAUGUCAUUUAAAUAUUUCUAAAUCUGAACUUAGUUCCAUAUACAGAACCUAAGCAAAUUCAUUAAUUAAAAUCUUCUAAUUUGGCCUGUACUUUCAUCACAAUUGACAGCUAUAAUGAUUGUGUUUAUGUGAUCUAAACUCUCCUUGUUUAGUCAUUGCUGUGCAUCGGUAAAAUGUAACAAGCUUAAAUUUCUCAUUUGUGGGUAGUGUGUUAGCUUUUAAAGCAGCAGACUGGGCACACUAAUUUUCAUGAAAAUAUUUUCACGUGAGUGUAGUUACCAUGUAGUCCUAAAGUCCUAUUCCAACAAAAUAUUUCAUUUGAGGACCACAGAAAGGAUUCUAAUUAAGCAUGUAUAAACAACAGUAGUUUGGGUUCUUAUGCAUAAUACACACACACACACACACUCUCUCUCUCUCUCUCUCUCUCUCUCUCAUUUUCACAGGGUCUUCAUCAAGUCCUAAUUUAAACCCAUGAGAAGGUAGGCUCUUUCUGAAGAUUAGUAAAACUAAUGCUUCUAUCGCUUGAGAAAAGGAAAGUCCUUUGUUUUUAAAUUACACAUUCUUCCAGUCAUACCUGAGACGUAUAUUAUUAGCUGGCAAAACAGCACAGGUUUAUCAGAAAUGUUACUAAAAAUGAAACUUCAUUGGCAGUUAGGGAUUGUCUCGUUUAGAAAACUUCUGAGCUUUGUUGUUUCAACAUCUUUAUUUAGAUUUUUUUGAGUUUUUAACUUAUAAAAAUUACUCCUAGACCCUAUUGUUGAUACCUAGAUCAGAUAUAGCCUGGACAGGACAAACACUGAGUAUUUUCAGUGUUUAUAAAGACUCCUCUGGAGUUACUGCUAUUAUAAUUUGGAACAGAUAAUAUGAUAGAAAUUAUUAACACUUUUUUCUUUAUCUUUUUCAUGUUGGAAAUUACACCAUUUCUGCUAGCUCUUUUCUUGAUUCUCACCAGAAUGAAAGUAUUUAAAACACUAGUCCUAAAAAAAAAAACCAUUUGUGCCUGAUUAACACUGACUUGUGUCUCUUCAGUAUAUAUUGAACAUGUAUUGAUUAAUCUUUAAUUUUUAAAAAUUUUUUUUAUAUUUCAGUCAGAUAAGUUCCUAGGUAUAUAAUGGAGUACUUCUCAUUUGAGCUACACUGUAAUAUCUGCAUGAUUAUACAGUAAGGAAAAGAAAUAAAGAACUACAAUAGGCCUAGUAAAUGUUUUUUGUUGAUUAUCCUGCCACUCAUGCAGAUGCUCCACAUUUUCACCACAUACACAUACUUUCAUGAGACAGAUUAUCUGAUUUGUUCAUUAUCUAUCUAGUUCCCAUUCUUAACUCUUCAGAUUUUUCACUUACAGCAUAGUGUAUUCUUUUCACCUCAUUGUUGAUUAGCAUCUCUUACAGAAGGUGGUCAAGGGAAAUAAAACAACUAAAGGUAAAACUCAGUUUUCAGUUAAUUCUUGAAAGCUCUGGAGAAAUAGGAAAACACAGAGAUGAUGGGGUAAGCUAGAACUGUUGCUUCCUGAAUCCCAGACCAUUCAAUUGGCCUGUAUUUUCAUCUUAAGAAUUAGGUGUAAAUUAAUGUAAUAUCUUGCUCUAUUGUGAGGUUUAGAGCAAAACCUUACAGUGCCACAUUUGCAAUUUUUUAGUAACUUGUUAUUAAAACUAGUUGGGAAGAAUUUUUUUAGUGUGUAGGGACUUCUGUGACUUAAGGUAUUUGUUGAUUAUUUUUUAUCAUCACUUUGUGUUUUCUCUGUGUUUUAGAUUUAUGAAAUUAUAGGAAAAAAGAUAACCUUGUGAAGUUUUUUUGGGGGGGUCAAUUUGAAGAGUAUAGCACUCCCCAGGAAUAAAAGAAGCAAUAAAAGUCUUUGUGUUAUGAAAUUAGACUCAGACAGAAAACUUCUUGUCAUGUAAGAUAAAUGUAGAAGAAAGAUACUUUUACAAAAUGCUAAGAUGAUUAGUAGCUGAAAUUUUAUCCCAGUCUUUUUGAACAAAGGACAUUUCAAGUUCUGUAAUGAACUUUUGCUUAAUACGUUAUUACUCACGCAUUCUUUCACAGUAUAUUUUAACAGCCUGAGGAAAUAGAAAACUUGUAAGGCUACUUAUGUUCUUUACUUUUAAUAAGAAUAAUAGGAAAGAAAAGUCAAAUCAGUAAUCCAAAUCUGAGUAUGUGUACUCUAAAUGCUCAAGAAUUCACAUUUUUUAUAAAUUAUAUUAUGAUUACAGAUGACUGAAUUUUAUAUAUUAGUAACUUAGUCUGAAGAAGGGAACAAAAUUUGGAAAUAGAAUAAACUGUUAUUUCAUUUAUAGUAGAAAUGUAGCAAUACACCUGAAUUAGUAACAUCAGUUUAAAAGUUAGAUGAUAUUCUAAGCUAUUGAUACAUCUUGAUUACAUUGUCUCUAGCUGAAAUUUUUUAAAUCAAGUGCAAUACUUUCUAAAAGUGUUUCGCAUGUCAUGCUGCCAAAAAUGACUGUUUUGAAAUACCAAGUAACCAGUUAAUUUCUAAUGACUUUGUAUGGAACUUGAUAUAUUUGAGUCAGAUUUAUUCUGUGCUCAUUCUGUACAUUGUAACUUGGAACACUUCUGAAAAACUGUAUUUGUUGAUGUAGUUUGAUUAGUUAGUGCAAAUUUGUUUGCAUAUGUGAACCCUAAUCCUAGUUUAAGAACUCUAGAGGUAGCCAUUUUUGUAAAGUUCAUAUGCUAAUUUUUUUAGUGUUAUUUUGGUUUUUAGUAUUUAUAUAGUAGAAAUGUUACUAGUAAAAGAUUUAUAGACAAAGCAUAGAACUAUUGUUCAAAAGCCUAAAUGAUAGGCAUGUUUUGUAUUUCAUGUUGUACUUGUUUUAUUUCAUAUUGGACUUUUUACAUCCCUUUUUUUAGGGGAAAAAAACACAUUUGAAUUUUUUUUAGCAUAAAGCUCUGCAUUGAAAAAGGAACUGUAUUCAUAUGGUUAGCAAAACACACUUUGCCACCAAAGCUAAAUGAAAUUUUAAAAUACCUCCAGAUAUCUGUGCCAAUGAACUUUUCUUACUUUCUUACCACAUUGGGAUUAAAGCAAAAAUAAUCUUUUCAGUAUUUUUCUUCUAGGACUUAUAUUAAAUACGCAAAUCAUCAAAAUUUAUAUUCUGUAUCCUGAUUUUUCUUUGAAAAUAUAUAAAGCUUAUAGCAUAGUGUAUUCUGUCUGAUUUCUGAAAUAGUGUUUUCUGGUUUUAUUGGAUGAAAAUUAGUUUACCUGAUAAUGAUCUUUCAGUAAUUGGUUGAAGAAAUCAUUUAGGUAAUCUUGUUUCAGAUUCAUUCUGUAAAACUUUAAAUUCUAUUGCCCUGAUCAUUUUUAGUACAGGUGUCUCUCAUUUAUGUAAUGGAAAGUUUUUCGUGGAAUUUCUUUUAUUUUCUAUGUUUUUCCAUUCAUUCCCUUUAUACAGUCACACAGGGGAAAUUUAUUCACUGGAACGCAACAUAGUACAAUGAAGUAAGCAUUGUAAAAUGCAUCUUAAAGGAAAAUAUAAAGACAAUCAAGAUGUUCAUGCUGAAGUGUUAACAUUGAUGUGGGAGUGUACUCAUGAGAGAAAAGCCGGAAUAGGAUAGAUUCAGAAACUGUUGUGUUUAUAUGGUUGAAAUUCUUUAAUUCCUCUCCUGUAGAAAUUUUCACAGGGAAUUUCAGUCCCUCAUAUCACAGUUUUCCCCAUAAUUUAAUGUCAGUUAACUGUUUCUCUGCCCAGGCAUGUUGAUGCAGUUUGCAUAAGUACCCUUGGAAGUAAGGAAGCAACAGAUAAAGCCAAAUAUUCAAAUGUUUGGCCUUGAUUAUCCAAUUAUCUGGUGGGGGUAGAUGAUAAUAAAAAGAUGAUGUAUAAGAUCUAAAAAUUCAGUGAACAUUAUUUUUGGAAUGAGUUUGUCCUUUGUAUUGAGUAGUUUUAUCCUAAAUAGGAGAUGCCUGUAUUUAACAUAACCAUGUUUUCUUUAUAAUCAGAUAUGUAUUUAUUGGAAUAUUGGUACAAAUAAUCUUCUUUGCCUCUACUGUAGAAAGAGAAAAAUCCAGUUUUUAGUGUAUAUAGAUGUGUAUUUACAUUUUAAAAAAUAUAAAAAUGAUUUAGAUAUAUUGUUUUGAAGUGAUUGUAUUACCAUUUCUUAAGCUUAUGGCUAACUAUAAAUGUAGCAACAUACCCGUGAAAAACCAGACCAAAAUUGAAUGCAUAUUAACACUGUGACCUUGAACUUAUAGUUGUUUGGGAUAAAGCAGACCGUGCCUUAAAAUGCUGACAGAAUGCCCUGAAGUUUUAUAAUUGUAUAUUUUAUUAUUGGUGGUCUUCUCAAAUUGGCCCCAAAUCCUUUUCUUUGAGGCUGGUGAAGUAAAAACUUUAAAUAACAGUUAAUCAGUAUUUCCCUUAGUAUAAGCUGAACUAUUGCUCCACAGGCCUCUCUUAAUCUCCAUAGUUCCCAUUUCAAAUUAAAAUUAACUUAAAUUUCAUAGAUGUAGAAAACUAAGUUUGGCUACAGUUUUUGAAAAUAAAUUUAUUUUAGGAAAAGAUGGUGGCAUUUCUGAGAAUAAUACACAUGAAAACAUAACCUAAAAAUGUAUUUUUUGUCUUUUUAAUUAAUAAUCUAUCAAAGACAUGAAUUCUUUAAGACAUGUACUUUUUUUUUUCCCUCAGAUUAUUGAGCCUUGUAUAUCAAAGUUAGUUUAGCCAAUAAUGAUUUUUCAUUAAAUAUAAACUCAAAUUCAUAUAUAUAUUUAAACAUUAUUUUCCCUUUUACUUUUUUCUUCCUAAUUAUUUUUAAGAUACCAAGAGAAAACUGGCCCCAGUUUUAUAUGGAUUUUCUUUUAAUGUAAAGACUUACAUUUUCAUUAUGCUUAUUUAGAAUAAUGGAUAUAAUUUCAGUCAAAGCAAAUUGUUCCAUUUAUAGGACGCUCAUGGUCUCUGCUAAAAGAUGCCCAUAUCUCAGAAUUUUUUGUAUAUUUUUUAUUUAUAAUUUUGAAUAUAAACUCAGCAUUUUUCUUUCUUCUCAUUUAACCUCCACUACCUCCCAUCAAAGACAAAAAUAUAGGUUUCUCUGAAAGUGUUUAGAAAAAAAAGUCUUUCCUUAAAGCAUGGUCAAAUUGAGAUGGAAAUAGUUUGGGCAAGGGUAUGUAAUACAGCAAGAUACAUGGCUAUCAUGUCAACCUGCAUCAGUUUCUGUAUUAUAGUUAAAAGUUUAUAGAGGACAAACUAUGUGUUAUACUGAGAUAGACUCAGUAAUCACUAAUUUGCAAAUCAAUAAUUUUAUUCUCAUUCAGAAAAUGCAGCACAUAAUAAUACUUAGCAGUGCAAAACAGGUCAUCUUAUAUACUGAAAAAUGAUUGUCAUCUUGCAGAUUUUUCCUUUUAAACAUGCAUGACCUUCUCCAGUACUUUGUACAAUGUAUGGUAUACUAAAUACAUUUGUGUGUAAUUUUGUGUGUACUUUUUGUAUGGUGUAAUUAACAUUAUUACAUUUAACUAGUUGUAAUUCACAAAAAGUGCUAUUUAUUGUACUCCUUAGAGUGUUGUGAAUGUUUUUAUCUGUGUUUCAACAUUAUGGUGUAGGGUUUAAUAGAUGAACAUUUGCCUUCAGUCUCCGCUCAGGUAUUAAUGUGUAGCAUUAUUUGGUGCUUUCUUUUUAAUCUGUCAUAAUUUGAUGUUCUGAAUGUUCAACAAUAAAUUUGGUGAACAAAAA